UUAAUCCAAUUUCAUUUGGGUUUCUCUCAAAUUCUUCGCUCUCUCUCUCAGAUUCCCUCUCUCUCUGUUUCUUUACCCAAACACUCUGUUUUUGAAGUGGGUUUUCGUUUUUUUUUUUGUUCUCUCUUCUUCGCUUUCUCCACCAACUCCGGUGGUGGGCACUGCCCAGCGCCACCACCACACUUCUGGGCCCACCUUUCUUUUCACUCACACAUACGAGCCCCUUUAUCCCUCUCUUAUUAUCUCCUUCUCUUCUACGCCUUCUCAUUUCCACACAAAAAUACAAUCUCUCUCUAUCUCUUUCUUUUCCUUUUUUCUUGUUUAUCCCUUUGGUUCUGGCAUAGAUUAAGACGGGGUCACCCAGUUUUGCUAAGGGGACUCAGGGAAUCCACGAAAAUAUGCGUUUCUAGUUGUUUUUUUCCAUGGUGGUUGCUGAAGAUUGAGUUUUUUUUUUUUUUUAUUAUGGCAAAGAUGAAGUUUUUUUGGGUUAAUUUGUGAGGGGCGGACUCAUUUGCUUCGAGAUCGGCUUCUAAUUAGGAUUCCCCCAUUUCUACAAUCGGGGUUUUGUUUCACUUCAGGAGUGCUAUUGUGAACGAUGGAUACCGCUGGGAGACUCAUUGCUGGGUCUCAUAAUCGAAACGAGUUUGUUCUGAUCAAUGCAGACGAGACUGCUCGGAUCAAGGCUGUGAAGGAAUUGAGUGGACAGACAUGUCAGAUUUGUGGAGACGAGGUUGAGUUAACUGUUGAGGGAGAGCUCUUUGUUGCCUGUAAUGAAUGUGCUUUCCCAGUUUGUAGACCUUGCUAUGAGUAUGAGAGAAGAGAGGGAAACCAAGCUUGUCCACAGUGUAAAACCAGAUACAAACGCAUUAAAGGUAGUCCAAGGGUUGAGGGUGAUGAGGAUGAAGAUGGUAUCGAUGAUUUGGACAACGAGUUUGACUAUGCAAACCUCGAUUCUUUGGGUCCUUAUCAUUCUGGAGAGGGAACGUAUGGCUCGUACCAUAACAUGGGCUGUGGACAGUCGGAGCUCGAACCUUCUCCCCUUGGUUCUGAGAUUCCUCUCCUGACAUAUGGCGAGGUGGAUUAUGAGAUUUCUUCUGAUCAACAUGCUCUCGUGCCCCAUUUUAUGGGUCAGGGGAAUCGAGUCCAUCCAAUGCCUUUCCAUGAUCCAUCAAUUCCUUCUCAACCUAGACCGAUGGUUCCUCAAAAAGAUAUUGCGGUGUAUGGUUAUGGGAGCGUGGCAUGGAAGGACCGAAUGGAAGAUUGGAAGAAGAAGCAAAAUGAUAAACUUCAAGUGGUGAAACACCAAGGGGUCGAUGAUGGUGGAAACGAUAUCGAUGAUCCCGAUUUGCCCAUGAUGGAUGAAGCUAGGCAACCACUAUCAAGGAAAUUACCCAUCUCUUCGAGCAGGAUAAAUCCGUACAGAUUAAUCAUCUUGCUUCGUCUUGUUAUUCUUGGCCUGUUUUUCCAGUACAGAAUUCUUCAUCCAGUUAAAGAUGCCUAUGGCCUGUGGUUAACUUCAGUAAUAUGUGAAAUAUGGUUCGCCGUUUCGUGGAUUCUGGAUCAGUUCCCAAAAUGGUGUCCAAUAGAACGGGAAACUUAUCUCGAUAGGCUGUCACUGAGGUAUGAGAAAGAAGGGAAGCCUUCUGAAUUAGCCAGCGUGGACGUAUUUGUUAGUACUGUCGAUCCGACGAAAGAACCUCCAUUGAUCACUGCAAAUACAGUACUUUCCAUCCUUGCAGUCGACUACCCAGUCGAUAAAGUUGCAUGCUAUGUCUCGGAUGAUGGUGCAGCCAUGUUAACAUUCGAAGCACUCUCGGAGACAUCUGAAUUUGCAAGGAAAUGGGUCCCUUUCUGUAAGAAAUUCAAUAUCGAGCCCCGUGCCCCCGAGUUUUAUUUCUCUCAGAAGAUCGAUUAUUUGAAGAACAAGGUCCACCCAGCAUUUGUCAGGGAAAGGCGAGCAAUGAAGAGAGAGUACGAAGAGUUUAAGGUUAGGAUAAAUGCUUUGGUCUCCAUGUCUCAAAAGGUUCCCGAGGAUGGCUGGACAAUGCAAGACGGUACUCCAUGGCCUGGGAACAAUGUUCGAGACCACCCCGGCAUGAUUCAGGUUUUCCUUGGCCAGAACGGAGUAUGCGACAUUGAAGGAAACGAGCUUCCACGUUUGGUUUAUGUUUCUCGUGAAAAGCGGCCAGGGUUCGAACAUCACAAAAAGGCCGGUGCCAUGAAUUCACUGAUUCGGGUCUCAGCUGUUCUGUCAAACGCUCCCUAUCUUCUUAAUGUUGACUGUGAUCACUACAUUAACAAUAGCAAGGCACUUAGAGAAGCUAUGUGUUUCAUGAUGGAUCCGACAUCCGGGAAGAAAGUUUGUUAUGUGCAGUUUCCUCAAAGAUUCGAUGGGAUUGAUCGACACGAUAGAUAUUCAAACCGGAACGUUGUAUUCUUUGAUAUUAACAUGAAAGGAUUAGACGGAAUACAAGGACCGAUAUACGUUGGUACGGGAUGUGUUUUCCGGAGGGUUGCUCUUUACGGAUUUGAUGCUCCUGCCGAGAAAAAACCGCCAAGCAAAACAUGCAACUGUUUGCCAAAAUGGUGCUGUCUAUGUUGUGGGUCUAGAAGGAACAAGAAAGGAAAGGCUAAGAAUGAGAAAAAGAAGAAGACAAAGCACAGAGAAGCAUCAAAGCAGAUCCAUGCUCUCGAGAACAUCGAGGAGGGAAUCGAAGAACUAAGCAUAGAGAAACUGAGCGUGUCUGAAAUAAAACUGGCGAAGAAAUAUGGGCAAUCUCCAGUGUUCGUCGCCUCGACCCUGUUGGAAAAUGGAGGCGUUCCUCAUGAUGUGAGUGCUGCAUCUCUUCUAAGAGAAGCCAUUCAAGUCAUCAGUUGUGGUUAUGAAGAUAAAACAGAAUGGGGGAAAGAGGUUGGCUGGAUUUAUGGUUCUGUGACUGAAGAUAUCUUAACUGGAUUCAAAAUGCACUGUCAUGGCUGGCGGUCGGUGUAUUGUAUUCCGAAGAGACCCGCGUUUAAGGGGUCAGCUCCGAUCAAUCUCUCAGAUCGUCUACACCAAGUUCUUCGGUGGGCUUUAGGAUCCGUCGAGAUAUUCUUGAGCAGACACUGUCCUAUCUGGUAUGGUUAUGGAGGCGGGUUGAAAUGGUUGGAACGAUUCUCGUACAUAAACUCGGUGGUUUAUCCGUGGACCUCGAUUCCAUUGCUCGUGUACUGUAGUCUUCCAGCUAUUUGUCUUCUCACUGGAAAAUUUAUUGUUCCUGAGAUUAGCAACUAUGCUAGUCUUAUUUUCAUGGCACUCUUCAUUUCAAUUGCUGCGACUGGUAUCCUCGAGAUGCAGUGGGGCGGUGUCGGGAUCGACGACUGGUGGAGGAACGAGCAGUUCUGGGUUAUCGGAGGCGUUUCGUCGCAUCUUUUUGCUCUCUUCCAAGGUCUACUCAAGGUUUUAGCUGGUGUGAGUACCAACUUCACAGUUACAUCCAAAGCAGCCGAUGAUGGUGAAUUUUCAGAGCUCUAUAUUUUCAAGUGGACAUCAUUGUUAAUACCUCCCACGACCUUGUUGAUCAUAAACAUCGUCGGUGUGAUCGUCGGGAUCUCAGAUGCCAUCAAUAAUGGAUACGAUUCCUGGGGUCCUCUUUUCGGGAGGCUAUUUUUCGCUCUUUGGGUGAUUAUCCACCUCUACCCGUUCCUGAAGGGAUUGUUAGGGAAACAGGAUCGGAUACCGACGAUCAUCGUUGUUUGGUCCAUUCUUUUAGCCUCAAUCUUAACAUUACUUUGGGUAAGGAUCAACCCAUUUGUAUCCAGAGAUGGUCCUGUUUUAGAAGUUUGCGGGUUGAACUGUGAUUAGGGAACAGGUUGGUUGGUGGGUCGGGACGGGACGGGACGGGACAAGACGAGAAGAUUAUGGUUUUUGCAGGAGAUUUGACUAAUUUUUGUGGGAAGAAGGUUAAUGAAGCAGUAUGAUGUAGAUAGAGGUGGGGAAUUGUUACUUGUUCUAUAGAUUUCUUCGAUUCUUUUAUUAAAAUUACUCUGUUUCUCUGGGUGCUUACUAAAUUGUUCGUUCCUUAUUCAUGUCCCCUGCAUGGUCUCAACUUAAAUACUAUAAUUUAUUCCCUUUUCAAACUCUUCAGGG